CGCUUGCCAGGCACAACAAUCAUACCUUUGGCAAGAGUCAAACGCGUCAUCAAAGAAGACAAGGAUGUGUCAUUGAUCAAUGCAGAAGCUAUAUUCUGUGUUGCUUAUGCUACUGAAUUGUUUAUGGAAUACCUUGUCACAGAAGGAUAUCAGAGAGCUAAGCGAGACAAAAGAAAGACAGUUUACUAUAAAGAUUUAGCUUCUACUGUGACAGAGGUAGAACAAUUCGAGUUUCUUGAAGAUGUCAUUCCACCUACACUCACAUUA